UACAUGUACACACACACACACACAUCUACUGUCCCAAGACUACCUACCUACCUACCUACAGAGUCCAUGUAUCCACUUGGCCAAUCCUCCCCUUUCGGUUCGCCACCCAUCAGAAACAAUGAGCGCGGCAAAACAAUGCGCCUCCCCCCAUCGGUGAGCCAUCUGUACCAACUUCAGUCAGCGUUGCGUGCCUGUCUGCCUACCUGUCUGUCUCUUGCGUGCACCGAGGCCCGUCAUACGAGGGCCUCCAAUUACCCGCGGUAUCCGACCGCACUGAUCAGCAUCCCUCACCGGACUCGGCACCCGCACGCAAGCCUCUUGGUCCCGACCAUCCCACACUUGUUUCUCUCCCUCCUCUUGGUUUGUGUCGCCGCCGCACCUCAUGCGUUGAAUCAGCCGAGAAUCAACAUCCCCUUCUUUGAUUCUGCCCCAAAUCACCCUUUGGAAUCGAACAAAACAAAUGUAAUCUUCACCUGCCAAGCAUCAGUCGACGUCUUUUCCAUUUUCCCAUUCUUUUCCCAUGCAAGCAAUCUCCAUUCGAGACACCAUGCUACCUCGCGUCUUCGAAUGUUCCUUCAUCACGUCUUUGUCCGUCCAAGUUUUGCAAAGUCCAUUAUACAUAGGUAAAGGGAGGAAAUCAAAGUCCAGAAUGCAUCAUUCAAACGGUUCCAGAUUCCCAUGCAUCCACUUGAACUUGAACAGCAGCAUACGCAUAUCAAAAAAUAUAUCAGCGUCUGAGUUAUCUGUCUGUCCAUCAAUCACAAACCCCCCUUCCCCGGGGGUGUGUAUACCGUCUUUCAACUGCUUUCCACCACCAUCAUCAUCAUCAUGUGAGAGAGGGCUAACUACACCCCAAUCCUCUGAAAUCCCACCAUUAUAAUUAUUAUGAUUAUGACUAGGGCUGCGCCGCAGAUGCACAUGACAUUGUUCAUGUGCCGUUCCCGCAAAGAUGUGUAUCUGUGCCCUGUUCAUGUUAAGAUGAUGCCGCAUUUGCCCUUUCUUCUUCUUUCUUCUCUUCUCUCUAUUUCCCUCUUUCUCACUUUUGCACCUGUAUGUAUACCAUGUCAUCAUGAUUCGAUAUGAUAACCACAUCUUAUCACGCAAGUAACAAUUAUACAUAUUCAGAGAUCCACAUGUCUCCUCCAUGAAUGUUAUGUGAUGCACGCACCUACCGUGCCGUGACCGCGCUAGACCCAUCUCCAUGUAGUCUUUCCGUUAUAACUACGCCGCCCUCACACAUUGUGAUGAUUCAAUUUUGUUUCCUUGCCUGCCCCCCCUCCCUCAUAGAUUGGGCGAGAUGGCCGGCUCGGCGACCUUUUCCUUUCUUUCAUGUUUCCCGCCUCUUCUGUUCUCCAUUCUUUUAUUUCCCUUGGGGGGACUAACUCUCUUUCGUAUAGGAAAGGAAGGUCUUGUUUAAUUUUUUUUGUUUACGGCGUAGUCUGCUGCUAGCUAUCUAUCUACCGUCAACGUUUUGGGGUGAUAUUGGAGCUCACGGUGGAUAAAAAUACAUAUGACUACAGGUGAGAUCAAGCGAGUAUGGUACUCCCAUCACUUUGGACGUGUGUUGGGUAAGUUCUACACAUCUUGCAGAGGGUGGAUCGGCCGGGCUCAGGAGGAGGGGAUUGUGACAGCGUAAAAACGUUUUUCUCUUUUUUGUUCGAUUAAUGUCUUUUGUCUUUGAUGUUGCCAGUAUACAUGCGCCACAGUCUUCUGUAUGUGUGUGUUCUCAUUGCUAUAGCUUUCUGCAAACAAUUUCUCUAGUUCUCCUUCCAGUGAUCCCCUUGAGCUUGCGGCUAUACUCCUACCAGACUUCACUUAGUUCUUUCGUUGAGAUUAGUAUGUGGAUCAUACCCAUGGAUCACGACCAAAGUCAGAUCAUAUUUCCGAACUUAGACAUUCGGUCGACGCGUUACUGGGCCCUCC